GGUAGUUAUCUUUUCUUCACCGACCCAUAAAAUUUGACUGUCACGACGACACCAUACAGCAACGCAACCGGUGGAUAUGAUUGGAUCUAGCGUUGCUCAUGUGUGGUUGACAUGGUUGACAUGGUUGACAUGAUUGACAAACAAACUUGACGGCUGUCUUCUGCAAGUACCCUACUCGAACCCUCCCUUUUCCUCUUCCUCUUCCUCUUAAAUAGGCCAAACAAUCCAAAAGAGCACUAGAGUGUCACAUUACAGAAGAAAAAAAAAGGCACUGAUAAUUUUUUGCAUUUUCCCACCACGUCUUUCAAAUCCGCUUUUUUUUAUCCAAUUUUCAAACAUUCAUCCCUUGUUUCUUGUUUUUCACACGUUGUGCCGUCAACUUCAACACCCACAAUUACGGCACCAUGGAGACAGACGAUCCCUUAGACAUAUCCAAUGGCACCUGCUAUUAUGCCGUCGACACAGAAGCUAAGAAGGACUAUAUCCCUUGCGGCAAUGUCGACGUCGGCUUGGACUGGCACUGCUGUGUCGCCGGCGAUAUUUGUCUAGAGGAUAGUGCAUGCUAGCGGGCUGCACCGACCAAAAAUACAGUGCGCCCAAUUGCCCGUACAAGGGGAAGUACGGCAGCCAGCAGUGGACCGGACUACAGCGCUGUGAUGACAAUCCCGAUAUUCUCGAUGGUGACGAUAUAUGGGCAGCGUGCAAAGAAGCCGGCGACGUGCCAGGUUCGAAGCCGCCUGCGCGCUGCAAAUGCUCCAGCGACACCCAAGUCAUCUCCGACAAGCCGAAGCUCGACAAUGUCGCGCUACUUCCAACAAGUCUAGGCGGGACUCUAUCCUGGUAUGACGGCAAGAAGCCAUCUGUAGAUCCAACUCCGGCGACCACUACAAUAACGGUGCCCUCGACUGAGACAUCAUCAUUGACAUCCUCGACAUCAUCCGCAGGAUCAUCCACCACGUCGUCUUCAGACUCGUCAAGCACCCCCACCCCAGUAGACUUAGGACCAGGCGACGGCAGCCCCGUCACGCCUCCCACCGACACACCCAACGCAUCCACAAACACCGGCACGGGCCCAAACCUCUCCACAGCAGCACAAGCCGGCAUCGGUGUCGGCGCAGGCGUCGGCGCCCUGCUAAUCGGGUGUCUCAUAUAUCUAGCGCUCCUACUCCGCAAGCGCCGCAGAGCAAAGACUCACGGCUCCAGCCUCGACUCCGCAUCCAUGGCGCGACAGGACCUCCCCAGCACCACCAACAAUCCCAACCCACCGAGCUCCCUCGUAUCACCACCACCACCACCACCGUUCGGCCAGACGUACCCCAGCUUCCAGUCAGAGCUAGCAGCCGACGAGCCCAAGAGCGCAGUCACCGCCACCACGCCUGUCCCGUACUCCCCCUCCGCAGCCUCGAUCCCGUUCUCGCCCACCGCGGCCUCUUUCUCCUCCCAGCACCAGAAGAGAUAUACAGCGUACAACCCGACGCUGCACGGGAACUACGCCGAGAAGAGCGAGGCGGGUGUGGGCCAGAUGCCCGUUUCGCCGAUGAGUCCGGAGCCGCAGGGGAGUCCUGCGAUAGGGGGAGCGCAUGGGGUGUAUGUUCACGAGUUGGAGGGUUAAAGGGGGGUUUUAGGGGGGUUUUAGGGGGGGGGGAAGGGAAGGGAAAACUACCUACCUAGGUGCCGAAGGCGUUAUCUGGAGUUAACUAGGGGUUACAUGAUACUCAAGCUUUCGAUUUGCUCCGUUUAAGACUGCGUUUACUGCAUCGGCUUAGUAUUGAGGUUCUGUGCCUUAGGACAGACGGCGUGGUUGUCGUUGGAGGGUGCGCAACGAAAUGAAAUUAAUGAUAC